UUAUUAGGUACAUAGCAACACAGAACAAAAUGUCAAACAAACUAUAUUUUUGUUCAAUAUCGCGACAUUUACACUUUAUUGUUAUAAAAAUAUUAUUCUUCAGUUGUAUUUUGUGGAUAAACUGAUGUUCAUUGCAUAGAAAAUUAACUGUGAAAAUUUUGUGAUCAGUGUUUUUAAUAUAUUAUGAAUUAAUAUUGCUACAAUGAGACGAGGUCAUCAUGGCAUUGGUGGAUGGCGGAACGAAAAUACAAGGCAUUUCAGACCACGAAGCGGCGGGACACCGCAUUUUAGACCUUCUGGACCCUAUGGCCUGCUAGAUGCGCCUAGAUUCCCGCCACCCACCCCCAGACCGCUUAGAGCCGUCCCUCCUUUCAAUAUUCGAAUGGGACCAUCAAGUAACCGCCAUGUAUUUGAUAAUCAUGACAGAAACAAUUUUAGACUUAAUCGUCAAAAUAAUCAGAGGAUUAAUCACCAACAUGCUCAAAAACCUAACCACAUACAUCAUCAACGUAUGAAAUCUCAUGAAGGCUCCAAUCAUUCUGCACCUUACCAUGAACCAAAUGUGUAUAAUAAUGAAUCACUAAUAAAUCAAUAUAUAAAUGAUAUGGGAGAUAUAGAUCACAGACAAUAUACAGUUAACCAAGAAUGUCAAGAUACAUACAAACCUCAUAGAAUUUCCCCAUGGACGAAUCCUCCUAGUGAAUUUAAAGGAAACUAUAAUGAUAAUAGAAGCCAUAAUAACAGAUCCUAUAAUAAGCAAGAAAAUAUUGAUGGAAGUAAAUUGCCACCAUUAGAAUAUACGGGCCACAGACCACCAGCCUCAGAUCAUUAUGGUGGGAAUCCCAGUUCAGAUAUUGAUAAUUCAAAUACUUUCAGUCGUUCUGUUGAUGAUACUGUAGACAUUAUCAGAAAAAGACUAAUGAAUCGUAAUGAAUCCAUUCAGCAAACUGAGAUUCAACCGCUUAACCAGUGUGAUGACAACUCCAUAACCAGAGAUAAUGCAAGUAAUGAUUACCAGAAUAAACAAGAUCCACCAGCAAAAAGAAGAAUACAAAGGCAAAGGUCAACAAAUUCAAGAAAAUGUGAAAAAAUAAAAGAUCAAAUUGUUCAUCAACUUUUUAAAAUGGAUAAGGAUAGAAUACACAAACUAAUGGAUAAUCCAAGUUCAUCAUCAAAAUUUGAAUAUGCCAUAAGUAGCUUAAUAACAGAGUCACAAAACAGUUUAAAUCGCCAUCUCAGAUCUGUUGCAGAAAAAUCUCUGUGUAGUUCCAGUGAUUUCAUUAAUAAUGACACUGUGUAUGAAGAUACCUUUAUGAAGCAGAUGCAGUGUAUAUUAGAACCUCAGGACACAAUUUUUCUUGAAGAUAUCAAGCCAUUAGUGAUGGCAGAAUUAAGUAAAGUUCUUCAAUUAGAUAAUUAUGAUCAGAGAUGUGAUAAUCCAGAUGACCAAGGAAAUCAUUACUCAUCUAAUAUUAAUCAAAGUUGUGAACAAUAUCAUGAUGAUUCAUUUACCUACGAUGACUUAAAUCAAGACUUCCAUUAUCAGGAAAGGAAUAGACAGGCAAGUUUUGAUAACUUACAAAAUACAGAAGUUAACAAAGAUGACAACUAUGAAUAUCAUCAAGAUAGAGAUUAUUCAUCCAACACUCUAUUUGAAAGACGACUUUGCAGAAAAAGCAGUGAGCAAGAUCAAAAUAAAUUAUGUAUUGAAAAACAAAGGAUGUCUAGAAGAAGUAUUGAUUCUAAAAGAUGUGAUGAAGAUUUUCCAAAUAAUGAUACUACUUUAAUAAAUCACUCUAGGAGGAGUAUUGAUAAUAAGUCGUGUGAUGAAGUACAUAUAAAAACUGAAUCACCUUUCCCAAUUUUUGAUACAAACACAGAACAACUCUCGGAUGAUGAAGAUCCAUUUGCUGAAUUAGAUCAACAGUAUCAUGUUGCUGUUGAUCCGAACUUUAUAGAAACUUAUGAUGACUUAAGUCCCCAGCAAUCAAUUAAUGCUAUAAACUCCUCAGUUGAAAGUAAUGAAAUACGAACUCCACAUAAAAUUAUAAAAAAGAUUGAUAGUUCAUUGCAAAAUAUAGCAAAUACACCAUUAAAACAGCCAUCUACUAUUAAAAAGGAAUUAAAGAGUGAAUUUGAGAUUAAAAACGAAAUUGCUAUCUCACCAAUUAAAAGUACUGAUCCUAAUCAAAAUAUAUCAGUAUGUAAAGACAAUUUAAAACAAGAUCAAUCUCAACAAAAACAUUUGGAAAAGGAACUCGGAAAAUCAGAAAACACUGGCACCCUAAUUAAAUCGUCAACUCCAACAGCAGCACGAAAACGAUCAUUAGAUCAAAAACCUUCUCAUCGUAAAGAGAAACGUAAAAAAAGCGAUUCCAGUUUACCUGACACUGAUAAACAGAUCUUAAAUAAAAACAUAAAUGAUUGUGCAGCUAAAAAAGUUGAACAAUGUAAAGAAGCCAAAUCUAUUUUUAAUUUGUUUUCCUCCAAAGAUGAAAACAACAAGGAGUCUAAAAAAGUUGAAUGUACAGAUAAAAAUUAUUCUGACAAAUAUGUAAAAAGGAAGGAUGAGCCAAAAUCUUCAAAACCUAAACAAAAUGAAAGCAAGAAGAGACAUCUCUCUAGUUCUUCCAGUCAUUCCAGCAUUGGCCCAAAACUUAGUACCACUACAACUAGUAAUCAAACACCUAAAUCUGAUUCUAAAAGUAAGUUAAAACACAUAGAUAUGUUUGUAGAACAGCCACGAAAAGUUAGUAUACAUCAAGCACACAGAAAUACAACUAUCUUACCACCAAGUGUUUCUGAUAAACCUACAGAGGCAAAUAAAACGAAGAUUAUUCCUAAUAAUAAAAUUACAAAAUCUGAAUCAGCAAAAGGACAUGGAAUAAAAAAACUGCUCUCAAAAGAGACACAAACAUUUGUUAGUAAAGCAAGCACUACUAGGUUUUGUCAAACAGAUAGAAUAAAAAUGAUAACAAAAGCAAUACAAACUGAGCCUAUUACCUUUGAGAAAUCUAGGUUUAAAUCAAUUGAUUCUUUUGAAAGAAUGAAAGAAAUUGAUUUAGAAAUACAAGUCUUGCUACAAGAAAAGUUCAAGUUAUAUAACUCAUUAGAAUCUAAAGAUCCGCCACAUAACACCAUGCAGACAUUGGGUAUGACUGUGGUUAACAUGAGUCCUUUGGAAGAAUGCAGAGAUACAGAUGUAACUGAUAAUGUUAGUAUCUCUGAAGACACUAUUGUUGAUGAUUUCACUAACAUACCAGUUGAAGAAUUGGAACAAAUAGCUUUUGAAUCUGUUCACAAUGAACAGAUUGAAACAAUUAAAGUAGCAAAAAGAACUAGACGUCAGAAAAUUUUGGAUCAAGAAGUUUCAGAGAGUCCUAAAAGAUAUCCUAAAAAAAUAAAAACACCAAACAUAUCAUUGAUAGAACAAAUUAUCACAGAUGACAGACCAUUAGAAGACAUAAUAUCACUGGAUGAUUUAGAAAAUACACCUCUGAAGACAAGGAAAAAAACAUUAAAACAAAAAGCUCGCACUGUUACACCUAAGAAAAAAGUUGCCAAAAAAGUUAAAACCCCAAAACCUGAGUGCAAUACUGAAAUUUACUUAAAAGAGUGUUCUGUGAUUUUAGUAAAGAUUGAUAUUGAUAAGUAUUUAAAUAACCUAAAUGAAGAACCUGAGCAUAACAUAGAGUCAGAGUAUCAGGAAGAACCCUUACACAUCAAUUCCAGUGUUACAAAUAAUGAAAUGGUUGAAGAAAAAGGAGAAAACAGCAUCAUUGAAGAAGUAGUUAUGAAUGAUAUACAGUUCGACAUGUUGGAUGUAUCAGAGGACAUAAUCAUUGGUGAUAAUUAUGAAGUCAAAUCAACUGAGGAUAAAGAUGCAGCAGACAGGAUGGAUGGCACAAUAAGUGAGGAGAUAAUACUGGAUAACAGUCAGUCGUCAAUAGAAGAAGCUGUUAAUCCCGUUGGAGGUCAUGAGGAAAAUGAAUGCAAGAUGUAUGAUUACUCCACAGACGAAAAGUUGCAGCGUGACUCUGUAUUAGUAGCUGGAAACGCGGAUGCUAUAUUAGCAGUAGAGUGCAUCGAAAACGACUUUUUGGCGGCUGGACUGGACGGCAAUGUCUACCACUUUAGCAGCGACGGGCAACUCAUCACGACGUUACGAGGGUCCAAUUUAGCAGUCACAUGCCUCACCAUUGUCAAAGAAAAAUAUGAAACCAUAGUAUAUACAGGAUCUUUAGAUUCUAGGAUACGCUAUUACGAUUUGGAUACUGGCUUAGAGAAGGGACCAGAGUGUAAUGUCCUUAGUCCUAUACAGACUAUGGAUAGAGCGUGGGACACUAUAUUCGUUGGAACACGGACGGGAUUUGUUCUGCAGUUUGAGUGUAAGAACAACAUGUUAAUACCAGUGAGCACGGUGAAGUUCUCCGAACAGUCGAUUCUCGCGUUAAGAGCAAUGAAAGAAGGCCCCAGGAAGGUGCUGUUAGUGGCGGCCCGCUCUGAAGAUGUCACAAUCAAAGAUGCCCAAACAGGCCUUCUGCUGCGUACUCUAGUCGGACCCAAGAUGACCGUGUACACCCUGCUUUACGAAGAUGGAAAGGUGUACUGCGGAACGAGCAGUCAUCAGAUCCAUGUUUUUGAUUAUGCUAGCGGGUCACACACAAGCGUUCACGAGGGCGGCAAGGGCGCGGUGUGCUUGCGCGCGGCGGGCGGGCUGGUGUUCGCGGGCUGCUACGACGGCUGCGUAUACGUGUACCGCGACGGCCAGCCGCGGCCGCUGGCGCAGCUGCGCGGGCCCGGCCUCAUGUUGCUCUCACUUGCCAUACUGGGCACCAAGAUAAUUGCUGGAUACAAAGACAGAAAUUUGUACAUAUGGAAAAUUCCACUCAGUAUCCUGCAAGAAAUGAUUUUGUAAAUGUCUAUACAUGUUUUGUAGAUUAAAUCUCACCAUAUUAUAUUUAGUUGUAUUUACUAAUAAUAUAAACCCACUAAUUUUCUAGUUUCUAUUAUGUACAUAAUUAAAUAAAAUAUUUUAGUUGGUUUUACA